AUGGGGUCUUUAUUUGGUAAGAAAUCUCAUAAAUCUUCGAGGCAACCGGCAAUAACAGAACAAGAUCGUGCAAUACUUCAAUUAAAACAACAACGUGAUCGAUUAAAUCAAAAUCGACGACGAAUUGAAACUCAACUUGAACGUGAACGUGAAGUUGCUAAACAAUUAUUAAAAAAUGGACAAAAAGAGCGUGCAUUAUUAUUACUUCGAAAGAAAAAAAUGCUUGAAAUGCAACUUGAUAAAAGUGAAGGUAUAUUGGAAAAUGUUGAACGAAUGACACAUGAAUUAGAAUUUGCUCAAGUACAAGUCGAUGUUGUUAAUAGUUUAAGACAAGGAACAGAUGCAUUAAAAAAAAUGAAUGAAAUUCUUAAACUUGAAGAUAUUGAAAAAUUAAUGGAAGAUUCACGUGAAGCUAUGGAAUAUCAAAAUGAAGUAUCAAAUCUUUUAGCUGGUAGUUUAAGUCGAGCUGAUGAACAAGAUGUUGAAGCUGAAUUAGAUGAAUUAAUUCGAGCUGAAGAAGCACAGCACAUUGGUCGUUUACCAGAUGUACCUCAACGUCGUGAACGUGAACGUGAUCGUAUACCUGUUAUAUCUCCAACAAGAGUAAAACAACGUGUGCUUGCCGAAGCUGAUUAA